AUGCGCGCCACCAACUCCACCGCCUAUGCCACUGCCACAGCCGCAUUCUGUAGCGUCUACUUCGUCCUUCUCGGCUGUCAGAGGAUCCAUGGCAAUCCUUUGGCCGCCGGAGCCGCUGCCUCCGUCCGUCGCCUGUCGGACACGAUAAAUAUUGGAUUCCUUGCUGAAUAUUCGCAGAUGCGAGUGACGCUGGGAGGACUGCCACUCGCCGUGGAGGAUGUGAAUAAGAAUCCGAGACUGUUGCUGGGAAAAAAAUUGGCCUUCAAGCCCGUCGACAUAGGCCACAAAAUGAGCGCCUACCGUGUGAGGCCUUUGAGGGCAAUGACGCAGAUGCGUGAGGCUGGGGUGACCGCCUUCAUUGGACCGGACGAGAGCUGCACCACGGAGGCACUGCUGGCUUCCGCCUGGAACACCCCCAUGCUAUCAUUUAAAUGCGCCGACUCUAUAGUCUCCAAUAAGAGUACCUUUCAUACCUUUGCUCGAACUCUGGCCCCUGCCUCAAAGGUCUCCAAAAGUGUGAUAAGUUUGCUGAGUGCUUUUCAUUGGAAAAAGUUUUCCAUCGUUGUCAGUUCAAAACCAAUCUUUGGUUCUGACGUGGCCCGAGCCAUUCAGGAACUGGCUGAGGCAAGAAACUUUACCAUCAGCCACUUUAAAUACAUAUCCGAUUAUAUACCAACCACGAAGACUUUAUCGCAAAUUGAUAAAAUUAUUGAAGAGACAUACCUAACAACUCGCAUUUACGUAUUCAUUGGCGAGCACAUAGCCAUGGUUGACUUUGUGCGGGGCCUUCAGAAUCGGCGACUUCUGGAAAGUGGGGACUACAUUGUGGUUUCCGUUGAUGACGAGAUCUACGACUCCAAUCGGAGAGUUAACUUUAUGGAACGUAAUUAUUUAGAUCCUUAUAUUAGAAAAGAAAAGAGCAAAUCACUGGACAAAAUCUCAUUUCGUUCAGUUAUAAAAAUAAGCAUGACAUAUCCACAAAACCCCCAUAUUCGCGAUAUUUGUUCUAAAAUAAAAGACUAUGCUCGGAAAACUCCAUUUCUGGUUCCAUAUCACCAACGUGUGUUCGACAACAUAUCGGUUCCUAUAUACGGUUUACACCUGUACGACAGUGUUAUGAUCUACGUCCGCGCCAUAUCAGAAGUCUUACAAUUUGGAGGAGAUAUUUACGAUGGAAACUUGGUGAUGAGUCGCAUUUUCAACAGAUCCUAUCACUCCAUACAAGGAUUCGAUGUGUAUAUUGAUUCCAAUGGAGAUGCAGAGGGUAAUUACACUGUGAUAACCUUGCAAAACGAUGUGGGCGCCACCUCAAGUGGUUCCCUGGCCAAGAUGACGAUGCAACCAGUGGGUUUCUUUGCGUAUGAUAAGAAUUCCCUAAUACCGGAGUUUCGUUACAUAAAAAACGACAGACCCAUUCAAUGGCUCAAUGGUCGUCCUCCUAGAGCUGAGCCUCUUUGCGGAUUCCAUGGCGAGCUUUGUCCUAGGAAAGGACUUGAUUGGCGUUACCUAGUAACUGGUCCUCUCUGUGCCCUGGUGGUUGUAGUGGCCAUUGCUUUGCUGAUUAAACAUUAUCGAUACGAACAAACUUUGGCGGGACUCUUGUGGAAAGUCGAUAUGAAAGAGGUUACCAUUAUAAACCUAGGAGAAUACAACAAUCCAAGCAACAAAAAUAUUUUUCAAGUUUGUCGACAAAGCCUCUUGGUAGUUGGAGAACCCAGCAAAAGAUCGUUUACAAAUAUAGCUCUUUUUCGUGGCAAUAUUGUGGCCAUGAGAAAGAUUCAUAAGAAGAAUGUGGACAUAACCCGAUCCAUUCGCAAGGAACUUAAAAUAAUGAGAGAAGUACGCCACGAGAACAUUAUUAACUUUAUUGGGGCAUCCACGGAUCACGGAUCGGUUAUACUGUUCACCACCUAUUGUGCCCGGGGUAGUCUGGAGGACGUGCUGGCCAAUGAGGACCUUUAUCUGGACCACAUGUUCAUCUCCUCGCUGGUGGCGGAUAUAUUAAAGGGCAUGAUAUAUCUGCACGACUCUGAAAUUAUUUCUCAUGGCAACCUGAGGUCCAGUAACUGCCUGAUCGACUCUCGGUGGGUUUGUCAGAUCUCUGACUUUGGGCUUCACGAACUGAAGGCCGGACAAGAUGAGCCCAAUAAGAGUGAACUGGAAGUGAAACGUGCCCUGUGCAUGGCGCCGGAGCUUUUGCGGGAUGACUAUCGACCUCCUCGAGGCACCCAGAAGGGGGAUGUCUAUUCCUUUGGGAUACUGCUCUACGAGAUGAUUGGCCGCAAGGGUCCUUGGGGCGAAACCACCUACUCGAAGGAGGAGAUAAUUCAUUUUGUCAAAUGUCCGGAACUGCUGCAGCACGGCAUAUUUCGUCCGGCCUUGACGCACACGCACUUGGAAAUUCCGGAGUAUAUUCGCAAGUGUCUGUGUGAGUGCUGGGAUGAGGAUCCGGAAGCAAGGCCAGAUAUUCGACUAAUUCGCAUGCACUUGAAGGAGUUGCAGGCGGGAUUGAAACCCAACAUAUUUGAUAACAUGCUGUCCAUAAUGGAAAAGUAUGCUUAUAAUCUGGAGGGCCUUGUCCAGGAACGGACUAAUCUGUUGUAUGAGGAGAAAAAGAAAACCGAUAUGCUACUCUAUCAAAUGCUGCCCAGGCCUGUUGCUGAACUUCUUAAACGUGGUGAUCCCGUAGAGGCAGAGUGCUUUGAUUGUGUUACUAUACUCUUUAGUGACAUUGUGGGUUUCACAGAACUCUGUACCACCAGCACUCCUUUCCAGGUGGUCGAAAUGCUAAACGAAUGGUACACCUGUUGCGAUUCAAUUAUUUCCAACUAUGAUGUUUACAAGGUUGAGACCAUAGGAGAUGCUUAUAUGGUUGUUUCUGGUCUACCAUUGCCAAAUGGCAAUCGUCAUGCCGGGGAAAUAGCCUCAUUGGCACUUCAUCUUUUGGAGACAGUUGGAAACCUAAAGAUCCGGCACAAGCCCACUGAAACGGUCCAGCUACGUAUUGGAGUUCAUUCUGGUCCCUGUGCCGCCGGUGUUGUGGGUCGAAAGAUGCCCAGGUAUUGCCUCUUUGGAGACACUGUGAAUACAGCCUCCAGAAUGGAAAGCACUGGAGAGUCCAUGAAGAUUCACAUUUCCGAAGCCACCAACCAACUUCUCCAGACGAUUGGUGGCUACGUCUGCAUCGAAAGAGGGUUAACCAACAUUAAGGGAAAAGGCGACAUGCGAACCUAUUGGCUGACGAAUCAACAACAUUCCGAGCUCACACCGGAUCUUAUCAGUACAGUGGACACGCUGGACAGUUACUGUGCCUUUGGCAGAGCUAGUUUGGAGCCAUCCCCACAUCAGUACUGCGGUUCAGCUACGAACUCCUCCCGGUUGAGUUCCUGCAAUUGUGCCACCAAAUGUCUAUAUAGCCGCCGAUCCGAUGAUAAUGUCACAAACUCCCACAACACUUCGGAGUUUCAAAAACUAAGCGAACCCACGCCGAUGAACUGCAACCAUUUGUGUGUUUGCCGAUUGAAUGGCAGCCAGGUUUUUAAUAAUCGAAGUCCCCGAUCGGCUCCGAGUAUUACUUUUAAGAUAUAAGAGUUCAAUUAUAUUAGACUUAAGAUUUCCAUGCAGUUAAUAUCAAGCUGAAUUUUA